AUGAAACAAGUGAAGUCAUUGUCAGUGGGUCUUAUUGGACAGGUCGAGGGGUCGCAGAGACUACCCACCAUCAGAUCACUCAUGUUAUCUGACUAUGGACUAGAAGAACUUCCUACUGAUGUUCUUAAGCACAUGAAAACCCUCAAAGUCCUUGACCUUUCAUGCAACAACCUGACAACCUUUCCAGAUGUGACCUUGAAGACCCUGGAGACCUUGGAUAUCUCAGAAAACAACAUUAAGUCUGUGGACUUUGUCAGAAAUCUCCCAAGUCUCAGGCAUCUAAUGUUGGAAGGAAACCCAAACAUUCAGGACAACCACAUGAUUGAAGCAGUCCUUAAAUGCCCCAGCCUAAUGAAGAUUGAUAAACACAAUGUCGACUACAUUCACAGACAGAUCCAAAACUUCAGGGAGAAAUGGCUGCCUCAGGUGCAAGCGAAGUUUGAGGUGCUUUUUGAGGACAGAUUUACUGAGGAGAUGUCUGAGGACCAGUUUCUGCAGGCAGUGACGGAAUUCCAGGAUGUCAUCCGAGCAGACUCACUGUUCUCAAGUGCCAACUCAGAGGCUGAGAAAAUUGUUAUUGAUAAGCUUGCUAAGGAGAUAGCUGAAGAUGCUAGAUCAGGAGAACUCUUCUCCACCCAUCAACAGGCUCCAGGAACACCAAGAAGUGCCCGAUUAUCCCGAAAACUCAGCUGCAACACACCCAAAACUCCAAGUUCAACAUCUACCACACCAAAAAGGAACAGAAGGAGUGUGACCUCUGUACUGGACUCCCCCACCCUGAAGAUGCCUGAAUCUCCGAUAUCCCCCAUCAGUACCCCAAACAAACGGAAGAGGCGACGAGACAGUGAUGAGGAAUCUGGAGUACAGAAAUCAAAACGAGACAGGAAGUACUCCCCACUGACAUGGAUGAUUAGGAAGAACCCAGUUGUUGAGCACAACAUGAUGUCUUUGCCUGCUUUACCUGACUAUGACCCUGUUCACUUCCUGCGAUGUCACUCCGAGGGAAAUGACCCGUCUGAUGAGGUGACAAAAGUCUGGAAGUGUGCUUUUGAACCCAGCAUUGAAGAUCCUGAGAAGACAACCAACCUGUUGGCCAGUUGUGGGGGACAGACCGUGUGUCUGACGGACUGUAACACAGGAAAGGUGAUGAAACGCUAUAAAGAUGACAACAAACACGAGUGCUUCUACACUUUGGCAUGGACCACAGUUCAUCUUGAGAACAAUAAACAAGAGAAGACUAAUCUACUAGCAGUAGCAGGUCAGAGUGCAGACAUCAAGUUGAUCCACCCCUCCCAGUUUAUGAUGUAUGCCACACUUGAAGGUCACAGAAAAUAUAUAAGCUGUUUAACCUUUCACCCCAAACAGCCAACAAUUCUUUUCAGUGGAAGUAAUGAUAGGAAGAUCAUUGUGUGGGACAUAGGAAUUCCUGAUAUGAGGGACUACACAGUGCUGUUCAAGAAAUUACAUGUACUCCAGGCCCCAGACACUGACGCUCUGAACCUGGUACUGAGCAUGCCCAGUCAGACCCUGCUAGCAGGAUGUGAAGACUCCUGUUUUGGAUGGAAGGCAGACAAUGUGGACAAAUUAUCUAGGACCCCUGAUUACCAGUUUUACCUCCCUACAGUGUCCAGUGAUACUGAGAGUAACGUCAGUACACAGAGAGAGACAGUGGAUGGACUUGCAGCUCUACAGAAUGGAUAUGUUGUGACAAAAUGUGUGGGAGAUGACAUCAUCAGUGUAUGGAAUGUCAAAGAUCAACUCCCCUCCAAGGUCAAGUCUAGCUCAGACAAAGGCAAGGUCAAGGCCAGCACAAAAUCCAUAGGGGUCAAACCAACCGCUCUACUCCACUAUACAAGACAGACUGUUGACUACAUCAACAUCGGGGCAACCAAAGAAAUGAUGGUGGUAGGAGAUGAUGAUGGUAAACUGAGACUGUACAAUGUGGGAAAGGUGACCAGCAGGAAGUCAAAGCCAUGUGAUGACAUCCUGCAGCCCUCAAGGGUUUUAGAGUGGCCUGAGAUUUCUGAUGGACCUAUGAAGCCAUUCUGUCAGAAAGAGACUGUUGUUGUGAACAGUGCCUGUGCCAGCUAUGAUAAGGAGUAUAUUGCAUGUGGGACAGACAACAAUCUGGUGUGUGUUUGGAGGAGACAGAGGGGGAGCUGUGGGGAGGAGGACAUGAACUGUGAUUGAAGGAGGGGACAAAUAGCUACAGCUGAAGGGGGUACACAGAAUGGGAGAGGACAUGAACUGUGAUUAAAGGGGAGCAAACAGCUUCAGCUACUGGAACAUAAAGACAGAAUGGGGAGUAGUGAUGUGUUGAGUUACUGUUAGGUGUAUUCAUCUACUUGGUAGAACAUGAAUUCCUUCACUUUGGGACUGAGAU